AUGGCAUCAGGCAAAGAGCUGCGGCUCAACUACGACUUCAAGAGCAAGAAGAUCCGAGUCAACCUAAACCUUGGAGGUGCCAAGGAAGCGAAGCAAGAAGAGGUGGAGACAAACAAGACCAUUGAGGAAGACCGCAAGCUUCUCAUUCAGUCUGCCAUUGUGCGUAUCAUGAAGGCAAGGAAGAAGAUGAAGCACAUGCAGCUGGUCAGCGAAACCAUCAACCAGAUCAAGACACGGUUCGUCCCCAAGGUUCCAGACAUCAAGAAGUGUAUCGAGAUCCUUCUCGAUAAGGAGUACCUAGAGCGCCUCGAGGAGGAUGAACUCGGAUACCUCGCCUGAGCGGAGAGCAUGGCUUGUAAAUUGGACUUUGGUUGCUUGGUCAGUCCUACGGGGCAGCCAGCACGUGCAGAUAGUAUGACGAUCAUCAAUGCCUGCCUCAGCAGCGGGUUCGGAGCGUCACUCCAGCGAUUGGCCAUGGCGCGUGGUACGGUAACAAUAGGUCGCGGGACGGGACAGGGCGGCAAGGCUCGUGGACGGUGCGGGCUUGCUUUUGGAACACCCGAAAACGGAUUCAUCAUGGUGUUGGGAUGGAUGUAUGAAGCAGCCGGACCAGGGUUUAUAUGGCUCCCGAGGUCCGUGACUUGCCCAGGCAGGGGCAGAUAGCGGUCUAUCACGAUUUGAGCGAUG